GGCUGACAUUUACUUCAUAGGAGCUUAUAAUUCUGCUUUUGGUUGAGCUUGUGCUUUCCUAACUGAAGCUACUCCAGUGUGAACAUGUCCAAAUUCUGUGACCAGGACUUUUACAUGGAAGAGAUUGAUGAAGACAAAAUUCUAGCAGGUCUUUCAGCUGAAGAACUCCAGCAGCUCGAGAAUGAAAUGGAUGAUAUUGCCCCUGAUAAGACAGUACCAGUGGGAAUGAGACAGAACAAUGCAUCUGCUGAACAAGAGACUCAAGGGGACGAAGAAGGAAAAUCUGAGGAUCAGGAAGACAUUGAUGAUGAUGUGAUUCUGGCAGGUCUCUCUGCUGAAGAGCUGAAACAGCUCCAGAACGAGAUGGAAGUAAUUGUUCCUGAUGAGAGAGUGCCUGUAGGAAUGCGACAGAAAGAUCAGACUGAUAAACCCCCAACAGGCUCAUUUGACCAUAGAUCACUAGUGGACUACUUGUACUGGGAAAAACAAUCUAAACGUUUGCUGGAAGAAGAAAGAAUCCCCACAACCCUGCUCCCCAGCCAGAAAAAAAGUGAGGAAGAGCUGAAGAAUUCAGUAAAAGAAGAUACAAAUAUUGAAGUAGAAUAUGUGAAUGAGGAGAUGGUAGAAGAUGCUGAGAUAGAGGAACCUGAAGGAGUAAUUGGCGAAGGGAUUGAAGAGGUACAUGACAAAGUGGAGGAUGUAAAAGAGGUUGAAAAUGAUCAAAAGAGGUGGCCAAUAAAAACAGAACCUCAAGAAAGUUGCAUUAUUGAGUAUUCCAACUUUCAGCCAGCUCCAAAUUUCUCUGAUUCACAGCAAGAGAGGGAAUCCCACAGAGAUGAAUUAAAUGAGGAUGAAUCAUUAAUAACUGAAAGGAAGCAACCUAAUCAGAUUCAGCUUAAACCUCUUUCCUCAGCAUUUGAGAACUGGGUUCCUAACAAAGAAGAGAGAGUCAUAGCGAAGUUGAAAAUCCCAAAACUUGCACUUGGUGAUGGUUUGAUUAAAAAAACUGCAAGGCCAUCUGGGAAUGAUACAAAUCUGGAAAGCACUCUGGACAAAAUCCGCAAUCAUAAUUCCUCUGUCACUGAGAUUAACCUAAACAAUAUUGAAAAUAUUCCUAAAGAAAUGCUCUUAGACUACAUUGAGGCACUGAAGAAGAACAAACAUGUAAGAACCUUCAGCAUUGCAAACACAGGUGCAGAUGAAAAUGUGGCAUUUUCAUUGGCCAACAUGCUGCGAGAGAACAGGAGUAUCACAACAUUAAACAUUGAAUCCAACUUCAUUACAGGAAAAGGUAUAAUUGCCAUUAUGCGCUGUCUACAGUUUAAUGAGACUUUGACAGAACUUCGGUUCCAUAAUCAAAGGCAUAUGUUGGGCCAUCAUGCAGAGAUGGAAGUGGCACGUCUCCUAAAAGCCAACAACACACUGCUUAAGAUUGGCUACCAUUUUGAACUUCCUGGGCCCCGAAUGGUUGUUACCAACUUGCUCACUAGGAACCUUGACCAGCAGCGACGAAAAAGAAAGGAAGAGCAAAGGCUUCAGCAAAUAAAAGAGCAAAGUCAGAUCAUGCACGUAUAUGAGAGCAACCUAAACUUGCCACCUGGUUUGCUGGAAAUGUUAGGAGGAUAUAUUCCUGGAAUGGAACUUCUGUGCACUCCUCAUAGUCCUCAGCAUCUUUCACAAAGCUCUCCAGAACCCGCUGUUGUAUCAACACCAUGUCAUCAGCAACAUAAGAAGCAGCACCCUACUCGACAAUAUCCACCCAGUUCAGACUCAGAAUCCAGCAAUAUGUUAAAAGAUGUGAAGCUUAAGAAAAUUUCUAAACGCUGUGACCCGCUUCUGGAUUUAAAUAAAAAAGAAGAGAAAAGAGUUGGGAGGGCUAAUAUUCAGUUACGAAGCACUCCCAAGCAGACAAACAGAGCAAGCGAAGGUUCUCUGGAUGACAGGGCCAACCUGAAAGAUGUGAUAAAGGCACUGAAACCAGUUCCUCGAAGACGGCAGCCACCAAAAGUAGACCUAACACCACGUGACCUACUCCUCAAUGAAAUUAGACAGAGCAAUGUGGCCUACCUAAAAGCGGUCCCCCUUCCCAAAGCUUUGGAAUCAACAGAAACCAGUCUUUUAUGAUGACAGCAUGCUUUAAGAAUGACUGCUCACAUGUACCUGUAGCUGAUAUGGCCUUAAUCAGAUCCUGCUGUACAAGCCAGACACUGCCAUCAUUUUACAUUUAAUGCUGUUUUGAGCACAAUGUGGCUUAUCUGUCAACCCAUUAUUAGCAUCAUGUUACCUGCAUGAAAUCCACAGAUAUAUGCACACAUAACAGCCUGUUUAUAUUUUUAUACAUUUCCCUUAUAUACAUUUAUUUAGUAAUUUCUUUGCUCACUGUUUUCAUAUUCAUACUUUUCGGCAAUGACUGAAUUUAAUUACAAUUAAUUUAAUUUCUUUAAUUCUUUAGGAUAAUUUGGAUAGGAACUUGGAUAUGAUUUUAAAUAUACAUUAUUUAUAAGGUGUAACAUCUUCUUCUGCUUACUGAAAUGUUUAUCCAUCUGAUUUAUAUCCAGACACCAAAGAAUUCUUUUUUUAAAUAAGCUUCAAUAUAUUUUAGAAACUGGAAUAUUGCUUCCAAUAUUUUAAAACUUUGCACUAUGGCAUAUUUAUAUGUAUAGUAAUAUGAAGAAAGAUAAUAUUUUAUUAUACAAAAAUGUAUCCACUUUGCUAUUUUAUCUUGCCAGAACCGAUGUCUCCUUUGGGCAAAGGGAAAUUGUGAUUCAUUUUGCAUUUGUUAAACAAAUUGAAUCAAAGUAUCUGCAAGCAUACAGCAUGUGGAUGUUAUUAUGCCACAACAUGGAACAUAUACAUGUUUAUUUGAGCCAUUUUGCAAGAUGUAAAUUAGAAUUAUGUUUGGCCUGCCUGAUAUGUUUAUGGAUGCUCUCCUACUAUUACAAUGCUGAUCCAGAUUUCAGCAUUCCUUUUUCAAUUCAAUAUCAUUGCUAUAUUGACAUCAUUCACAUAUAUGUGCUUAGACUCUUACACUUUAAGAGACUCACUAAAAAGGUUUGGUUAUUAACGGUAUAUCUGGUUGUCAGUUGGGGGCACAGUGACUUUGUGCCUAUUCCCUGUCCCUUAUCUUUAACUUAUAUUUAUACAUCUAAUUCUGUAGUUCGGAUUUAUACAGUACCACACACCCUUAUUACAUGACAGCACAUAUUAAUUGACAGUCUUUUGCAAAAAAGUUUAAGAUUUAAAAUAUUUAGUAUGAUGGAUAUUUUGACAUGCUAAUAAAAAUAUGAUUGCUA